AUGGACCUCCGCGUCGGCAACAAAUACAGAAUCGGCCGCAAGAUUGGUAGCGGCAGUUUCGGUGACAUCUACCUCGGUACCAACAUCAUCUCGGGUGAGGAGAUCGCCAUCAAGCUCGAGAGCGUCAAGGCGAAGCACCCCCAGCUCGAAUAUGAGGCCCGCGUCUACAAGUCGCUCGCUGGCGGUGUCGGCAUCCCCUUUGUCCGCUGGUUCGGAACCGAGUGCGACUACAACGCCAUGGUCUUGGACCUGCUCGGCCCUUCCCUAGAGGACCUUUUCAACUUCUGCAACCGCAAGUUCUCCUUGAAGACCGUCCUGCUCCUCGCCGAUCAGCUCAUCUCCCGCAUUGAGUACAUCCACGCAAAGUCCUUCAUCCACCGCGACAUCAAGCCCGACAACUUCCUUAUGGGCAUUGGCAAGCGCGGCAACCAGGUCAAUGUCAUCGACUUUGGUCUGGCCAAGAAGUACCGCGAUCCCAAGACGCACUUCCACAUCCCGUACAGAGAGAACAAGAACUUGACUGGUACCGCCCGUUACGCCUCCAUCAACACUCACUUGGGUGUCGAACAAUCCCGCCGUGAUGACAUGGAGUCACUGGGCUAUGUCAUGCUUUACUUCUGCCGUGGAUCCCUUCCCUGGCAGGGUCUUAAGGCGGCCACCAAGAAGCAGAAAUACGACCGCAUUAUGGAGAAGAAGAUGACGACUCCCACCGAGGUCCUCUGCCGUGGCUUCCCCAACGAGUUCGCCAUCUACCUCAACUACACCCGUUCCCUCCGCUUCGAUGACAAGCCCGACUACUCGUACCUCCGCAAGAUUUUCCGCGACCUCUUCGUCCGUGAAGGCUUCCAGUACGACUACGUGUUCGACUGGACCGUCUACAAGUACCAGAAGAACGCCCAAGCCAUCGCCCAGGCUGCCAACCAGGGCCAGGGCGAGGAAGACGACAAGGGCCGCGGACGCCACGUCACCACCACCGCCGCUGCCAACGCGGGCACGGCAGCUGGCACCAAGCGCGGUCCGGUCAACGCGCGCCAGGAGGGCACCGGAAUGUGA